AUGUGGACACCACCAACAGACGCCCACUCAAAACCGGUAACAAUAAUCGGAGCAGGCGUGCUGGGACGAAGACUGGCAACCCUCUGGUCCAGCACCGGCAGACCAGUAAACCUCUACGACCCUUCUCUCCCAGCCCUCGAAUCCGCGACAGCCUACAUCGCAGACGCACUAUCCACAUAUUGUUCAGAGCAAGGGACACACCCCGGCCACGUACACUUCACUACCUCUCUCCACGACCCCUAUAUCGUAAAUUCCUGGAUGGUAAUUGAAGCCGCCCCUGAAGACCUCGACCUCAAGAUCUCGAUCCUCGGACGGCUAGACCGCAUGCUCCCCAAAUCCACAAUAAUAGCCACGAACUCCGCCUCCUUCCGCUCAGGGGAGCUGGUAUCUGAAGUCCGCAACCGUUCUCGCGUCCUCAACACCCUGUAUUACAUCCCGCCCAGAAACCGAUGUGUAGAGAUGAUGAGCUGUGGCUACACAUCCCCGGAACUCAUCGCCUUCCUCCGUGCUCAGAUGGAAGAGAUGGGCAUGCUACCUAUGGUGGUAGGCAAUGAGAGUACCGGCCUGAUAUUCCCCCGUAUCUUCGGCGCGCUGAAGCGCGAGACUUUGAAAGUGGGCGCCGCAACACCCACCGAAAUCGACACGCUCUUCACCGACUUCUUCGGUGCCCAGAAGGGGCCCUGCGCGAUGAUGGACGCGGUUGGCCUCGACACAGUCGCCAAGACCGAGCGCCAUUUCUUGGCUGAGGAGAGGGGAGAGGAGGGAGAGGUGUUGGGGCUGGAACUCGAGGGCAGGGUGCCUGGGUACCUUGCUUGGCUUGAGGCGGAGUUUGUUGAGAGGGGACGGGUGGGAGAGAAGAGUGGGGAGGGACUUUUGGUGGGGAAGGGAGGAGAGGAAAAGGGGGAAGGGAAACAUAAGCCGGGCGAAGAGGUGUGGCAGGAGCAUGCUGUCGAUUUGUCUUGUUUGUGA